CUUUAUAGUUGUGAGGUACAUAUUUUGGAACGAUCUAUCUCAGCAUGAUGCUCCAGUGAGCUGAUUCUUUGUGCAUGAAAUGACUUGACAUCCUCCCGACCACCGAGUGAGCCAGGGUGCGCGUGUGCGCGAGCGUCCAUGGAGAGAGACAGAAGGGGGGAGAGAAGGGGGGAGAGAGAUGGAGACAGAAGAGAGAAUAAGCAACUUUGUAACCAGGCAAAGCCGUGUCUCCUCCGGCACAGGGUGCUGAAUGAGAAGCAUUUGGCAGUUAUGGUUGAUCAGCGUUUCUUUCAUCCUCUCUUGUGCAUUAGAGACGACGAGAGCGCUCGCGUAAAAUAGAUCCCGUUUCCUUUUUCGUUUUGACGGAUUAAAAAAUACAAGAUGAAACACCAAACGAGUCUGCAUCUUCAUCAAUACGCGUGAGAUGACAUUGAGGAUCCCUUAGCAGGACUAUGAGCUUGGCCAUCAUUUGCAGGAAAAUGCAGCUUUGGAUUCCUUAUGUUUUGCUAAGUGCAACAUCAGUGUGCACUGUUGAGAUGUCUGCCCAUUAUGGAGAAAUAUGUCAAGGACUGUGUGCCUGCGAGGAGAAGGAAGGGAUACUUACAGUGAGCUGUGAAAACAGAGGAAUUGAAAGUCUCUCAGACAUAAGUCCAGUGCACUUCUUUCAGUAUCAUCUGCUCCUUACCGGGAAUCUUUUAAAAAAGCUACCUGCCAAUUAUUUCAUUGAGUACAAAGGACUUACAAUUUUACAUCUGGGAAAUAAUGAAAUAUCGGAUGUUGAAGCAGGAGCUUUUAAUGGACUGCAGGAAUUAAAACGACUACAUCUCAACAACAACAAAAUCGAUGCCUUGAAAGAAGAGUUUUUCUUUGGCCUUGAAAGUCUGGAAUAUUUACAAAUUGAUUAUAAUUACAUCACCCAUGUGGAACCAAAUGCCUUCAGCAGACUUCGAAAUCUGGAGGUCCUAAUCCUAAAUGACAAUUUGAUAUCAAGUCUGCCUGUAAAUAUUUUCCAUUAUGUACCAUUGACUCAUUUAGACCUAAGGGGGAAUCAGCUGAAAGUACUCCCAUACAUAGGUCUGCUGGAGCACAUGAACAGUGUAGUGGAGUUACAGCUGGAGGAGAAUCCGUGGAACUGUUCCUGUGAGUUGAUUGCUCUUAAAACCUGGCUCGAAAGCAUAUCAUACACAGCCUUGGUUGGUGAUGUUGUUUGUGAGUUUCCCUUUCGGCUUCAUGGGAGAGACCUUGAUGAGGUUUCAAAACAAGAGUUGUGCCCGAGGAGAGCCAUUGCUGAAUAUGAGAUGCCGCCUCUGCCACAUUUGAGCACCGAUGCAUACUAUAGGACCACGCCAGCUCUAGUUGCAGCCUCAUUCACCUCAUCUGGAAUUGCAAGAUCCUCAUCAAGACCAACUAAGGGACCCCGCCAGUCAGCCAAAUUAAAAUCAAAAUCAACUGCUCGUGCCCCAUCAAAUAAACCACAAAAUUAUGGUCAGAUUGUAUCAUUUCAGACCAAAUCUCCUGUGCCUUUAGAUUGCCCAACAGUCUGCACCUGCAAUCUGCAAAUUUCAGACCUUGGCCUGAAUGUGAACUGCCAGGAGAGAAAGAUAGAACAAAUUUCUGACUUAAAUCCCAAACCUUACAAUCCCAAAAAGAUGUAUCUCACAGGGAAUUAUAUCCCUGUAGUACAUAGAUCAGAUUUUACUGAGGCAACCGGACUAGAUUUGCUUCAUCUUGGCAACAAUCGAAUAGCUCGUGUCCAUGACAGAGCUUUUGGCGAUUUGACACAUCUACGAAGACUAUACCUUAAUGGGAAUCUGAUGGACCGCCUUACAGCUGAAAUGUUUUACGGAUUAGAGAGCCUACAGUUCUUAUAUUUAGAAUACAAUGUUAUUAAAGAGGUUUCUGCUGACACUUUUCAGCAUGUACCCAGACUUCAGCUUCUUUUCUUAAACAACAACCUUUUGAAAACUUUACCAGAGGGUACAUUUAACGGAUUGACAUUAGCCAGACUAAACCUCCGAAACAACCAUUUGCGAUACCUGCCAGUCAGUGGUGUACUAGAUCAGCUCACAGCACUUGUUCAAGUUGAUUUGUAUGAGAAUCCUUGGGAUUGCUCUUGUAGCAUACUGGAUUUGAAAAUGUGGUUAGAGCAGCUUAGCACAGGCACUGUUGUAAACAAUGUCAUCUGUGGCUCCCCUAAGAGGCUAGCCGGGGAGGAUAUGAGAUACAUUAAGACAACUAAUUUCUGCCCUAAUAACUCUGAUAUACUUGCUUCCAUGAUUCCACCCUCUGAAGAAUCUUUUCCUGGCAGCACAAUCACUAUAGAAACCUCCUUGGACUCUGAUACUCAGUACAGCACCAUUCCUUUAUCUGUCAUGAUUCUUGCCCUUCUCCUCAUGUUUAUUAUGUCUGUGUUUGUGACUGCGGGAUUGUUUGUGGCAGUGAAAAAGAGACGUCAGAAGAAUCAAAAUGAGCAGAACAACUCCAUGAAUGCUUGCAUUAGCUCUCUUAACAUGGAAUAUGGCCUUUACAAAAAGGGAUCCAUUCCCAAAGUCAGAACAUCAGCUGGACAUGUAUAUGAGUAUAUCCCACCUUCCACAGACUCCACAUGCAGAACUGCUGCUCACACCCCAAUGGACAACAAAUCAGUGGACGGGUUUAGAGACUUUGACGAAUUGAGUGGCACAUUUCUUGGUAACUCAGAUGAAGAGGCAGCCAGUAAUGUGAUAAGCUCAGAAUACAGCGCCACUACUCCGGAGCCUCUCAACAAGCCCACAACCCCUCAUCACGAUGAUCCGUCGUGCUGCUACAGAGAUGUACUUGAGCCUGACAAGAACAGACGCUACAGCAAUACAUUACCUUGCAGACAUGGAGCGCAUUCAUCAAAUCGCUAUACCUCAGACUUUGAUGCAAGGCAUCAAUAUCCGCACCCAGAGAGAAUACAACAGACAAUACUUUACUGUACAGCACCAAGUACUGUUUAUGUGGAGCCUAACAGGAGUGAGUACUGGGAAUUGAAAGCAAAGCUUCAUAUUGAUCCAGAUUACCUUGAAGUUCUUGAAAAACGAACUACAUUUACACAGUUUUAAGAGACUUGGACUCCCUACGGUUACACUAGAUGCAUUUGUGCAAUGUAUUGAUUUUAAUGAGGAAUUACAAAAUGUUUUAAGAGCAUAAACAGACACAUCAAUUUUCUUAAAUCAGCACAGUGCAUUGUGGGCCGCAAUAUAUAUUUUUGGGAUCAUGCUUUACAGAAAUGAGUGAUCAAAGGGGCACUACUCAUUUUAAAGAAUCACUUAACACUUACUUAGUGUGGUUUAACAGUUUGGUUUAAAUGUGUAAAUAUGAAAAGCAGCCACAGAUUCUGGGCUCUACUGACUCAUCCUAUCAUCAAAUUUAUCCCGGAGCUGUGUCAUUGACAAUAAUGUGAGACUGAGCUUUACCUUUGGAAUUAGCUGCAUUUUUUGAGUGCUAAUGAACCAUGUAGACAAUAUGCUCUUGCCCCAAAAAAAAUCUUAAUUUUUUUACAGAGAUGCAUGUAUGACUGCCAGGUCUGUUUUGUCAUUUUGUUUUUUAAAUUAAACUCAUAAAUUUUGCAGAAUAUCAAAUUGAGUAGAUUUAUCACUAACCGUGACACUUACUUGCAUUUAUUAAUGGAUAAGUCACAUUGCCUUUAGAUCAGGUCAGAAAUUGUACCAUAAAGAUGAAGAUAAAUGGAGCCAAGCACAUUAAUCUUGGCAAUUUACCCUCCAGGAUGUGCAGCUUUGGGACGGUAAAAUUAAAUGCAUAAAGGUAUGUGGGAUCGUUUAAAGUGAUAUCACAAAUCACAGAUUAAGGGUGCAGUAAGUUUCUACAUUCCUGUAUGCAGAUUUGGAAAAUACUAGUAAUGCUAAUCAAUAUCUUAAAGCAAACUGAACUGGCCAAGUGCAUACAGUAUGUUCUGGAAAAUCAGUGGUGGUCCCUAAAAGCUUUCCUAUCCCCAAAUCAGCAGCAGCUGUGUAUUCCAGACACGUGUUGCACAAGUUGCUCUGAUAAAGGGUUACAAGAAAAAGAAAUAUGUGCAACCAAAAGAAAAUGUGAUGAGUUGUGUUUUAUCUGAAAGAAUAUACCUUGUAUCUAUUAUUUUAAAUAGCUUAUUACAAAUGUGUACAAGUGCAGUUUCUAUCAUUUUACAUAAACAUGUACUUAUAAUUUUAGUAUGUUCUUGUAUCAACACCAAAGCAGUCCACAAAGAAAAAAAAAUUAAGCAAAACUUUCAAAACAGUAUAUGCAAACUUAAACUACCAGAGACAAACAUCAAACAUAAUCCUGUCAAUUAUUUCACUUGUGGACUCUUCUUUAUAUUUUAUUGCAUUUACAGUUCCAUACACAACAUAACUAAGUAGAUUUGCCAUACAAUGACAUGAGAUGAGAUUCUAAUCAGCUCAUUAACACAUCAAAGCAUGUAAUAGACCUGCUGGUUCAGUGCAAGACACAUGUCAGUGUCACGUUUUGUCUUUUUAAAGAUCUUAAACCCAUGCUGGUACCCGGCCUUAUCAGAGAAAGAACACUGUUCGAUUGUUUAACUGUUUUAAAACAGCUUAUAUUUACAUUAUGUUCUAAAGGGUCUAUACUAACCCAAACUGUUAACUUUUCCUGAAGCUAACCAAGAAGUUUUGUGCCUAAACAACCAAACAGCAGCUGAACUGACACUCUUUUUAACUUCUGCUGGUUCCGCUUUACAAUGAUUUUCUAAUACUCACAUUCACACACUCCUACAUUAAGAGGUUUUCCUCUGUAAAACACACAUUCACACCAAGUUUGAAUGUGUAUAGUAAAAAUAAAAUUGUUUAAAUUAGCCUCAUUGAUUUCCUGUGGAAGCUAAAACCCAGCAUUCUGUGUAAAAAUCCUCUUUUACCUGCUCCAAAUCUCCUCCUUGCAGCAACUGAAUCAGGCAGUUUCUGUAGUCUGUUCUCUGAUGGUGUCAUAUGUUGUCAGGACCCCUGGUGUCAAUAUAUAAACAUAGAAGAAAGCCUUUAGCAUAACAUUUCAACACACAGGAUAAAGUAACUGAAAAACAGAAUAUCUAGGCCUUUUCAAAUGAUGGCUUUUAAGCGGGGACUGAUGCACCUUCAUUGUUCAUCAGUGCCUUAGGUGAAAGUAUAGAGGCGGCUUGGAAACUUGAAGCUUAUCUGCCAUUGAUGUCUGUGCUGGUGAGGGAGGUAGUAACAGAUGCUAAAUGGGCCAUGUGUGCAAGACCAAACUGAUGGUUAGAGUGUACCUUGCCACUCUUACUAAUGGUGAUGUCAUGAUUCCACAAAGCCAGCUUGAUGUGUGUAAGCUGUUAGUUAUAGUUACUAAACCUUACUUAUUUCUUUUAAUGCUUAAACUCAAUUGUCAUAUCAUGUCAUGUCAUAUCAGUACUUUGGGUAUUGCUUUUUAAAGGUAAAGAUGAGGCUUAUAUUUCAUAGUAUUGUUGUAGUAUUG